AUGGCAACAACACUGACGGGUGGAAACCCACACAUCAUCCAACUACCCAAAACGCCUGUUGUCGCACCCUCCGACCCGCAAACAAUUGCCCAACAAUGGCUCUCAAGCCUUGAAACCCAGCUCUCCCGCCCAGAAUCGUUAAAUAUCAACGAGCUAUUUCACGACGAGUCAUGGUGGCGCGACAUGCUUGCGCUGGACUGGGACAUGCGCACCCUUCACACAGCCGCCGAUAUUCAGAACUUCCUGGGCAAGCAGCAAACCAAGGCACGACUGUCCAAAUUCCGGCUCCAGGAUACGGGCAAGUUUCAGCCACGCCUAGAGCAGGUUGUUGAUGAGCUGAACUGGGUGUCCUCGAUGUUUUUCUUUGAGACUGCUGUCGGCACUGGAACCGGAAUGUUGCGGCUUACUCCGGCGGAGGACGGCGUUUGGAAGGCUUAUUCUGUGUACACCUCGUUGCAAGAAUUAAGCUCGGCUCAGGAGCCACUCGGAAAGCGUCGGGCUGCGGGCACAACCGAGUCAAUGCCCGGUGGUCUGGCGGGGGGUACAUGGAUCGAGCGGAGGAACAGACAAAAGGAGUUCCUAAAUGAGGAGCCCGUCACUUUGGUUAUUGGGGCAGGUCAAGCUGGAUUGAAUAUGGGUGCGCGUUUGCAGAGCCUCGGCGUUUCGUGCUUGAUUGUCGACAAGAAUGAACGUGUUGGUGACAACUGGCGAAAUCGGUACCGCACACUUGUCACGCACGAUCCAGCUGAGUACACGCAUAUGGCUUAUCUGCCGUUCCCGCAAAAUUGGCCGCAGUUCACACCGAAAGACAAGCUGGGUGACUGGUUCGAAGCAUAUGCCAACCUCAUGGAGUUGAAUGUUUGGAUGCAAACUUCGAUUUUGUCAGCGGAAUAUGACGAAGCUGCAGGACAGUGGGUGGUUGUUCUCGCCCGCGGCGAUGGGUCCCAGCGCACCAUACGACCUCGUCAUUUAGUCUGGUGUACUGGACACUCUGGGGAGGCGCGUGUCCCUUCAUUCCCCGGCCAAGAGGCGUUUCAGGGAACAGUAUACCACGGCAGUCAGCAUCGCGAUGCAUCAGAACAUGACAUGCGUGGGAAGAAGGUUGUUGUCGUUGGAACUGGUAAUAGCGGCCACGAUAUUGCUCAGAAUUAUUACGAGAAUGGUGCAGAUGUCACUAUGCUGCAGCGCAGCGGAACCUAUGUUAUAACGGCUGAGAAGGGCGUCUUUAUGAUGCACAAGGGACUGCACGAGGAUGGAGGUCCCCCGACCGAAGAAUGUGAUAUCGUUGGCGAGAGUCUGCCAUGGCCCGUUCAACUUGCCCUGAGCGUACACAUGACGAAGAAAAUCGCAGAAGCCGAGAAGGAUACUCUAGAUGGGCUACGUCGGGCUGGGUUCGAACUUGACUUCGGCCCCGAUGGGGGCGGUAUUGCCCGUGCAUACUUCACCCGAGGCGGCGGUUACUAUAUCGACGUUGGAUGCAGCAAGCUCAUCAUCGACGGGAAAAUAAAGGUCAUCCAUAACCCUGGCGGCAUCAAUGGCUUCACUGAUCGUGAGCUGCUCUUGGCGAACGGCGACUCUCUGCCGGCAGAUGUCGUUGUCUUGGCUACUGGAUACGAUAGCAUGCGCACGACGGUCCGGAAAGUCUUGGGUGACAAGGUUGCAGAUAGGUGCUCUGAUGUCUGGGACUUGGAUGCAGAAGGAGAGCUUCAGGGUAUGUGGCGCCCGAGUGGUCACCCGGGCUUCUGGUACUUCGGUGGAAACCUCGCGUUGUGUCGGGUAUACUCGAAGUUCUUAGCACUUCAGAUCAAGGCUGUCGAAUCUGGGCUGUCCCCAGGAGUACGACAGUAG